AUGUUUGGUUUGCCACCUAUUGGCAAAACUGAAGGGCCGGACAUAAACAAUGGUCCCGGAUUCGAUCACAAGUUAUCUGUGGCCUUUGCCCUUGAAACUAUAAUUCGCGGCGCGAAAGUCAAGGGAUUUAACCUAAAAGAGAUUCUACCAACUAGUUGCUUUGAGCAAAAUGGCAGAAUACUCAAGCCGCAAAUGCGGGAGAUGCUUGCCCGCAUGCGUAUUCAACUAACCGAUGAAAACUUUCGACGAUUGUGGGAACAGAAGUUCGAUUUAGAAGGCAUCGGUUCAAUACCCACCAAACAGCUGAUUGAUCAACUGGGUCUUACGCCGGACGGAACUCCAAAGUCUGAAGAUGUAAAAGUAUCUGAUUACCGAUUUCCUGACCAGCAUCGUGCGAAAUACAAGUCAUUUAAUGGAAGCGCACCUCUAUCUAAACCAAACCCUUGCCCUCCAAUGGUGAUGGACCCCAUUCCAGUGAAGGCAACUUCCGAAACGCCUGCACCAAAGCAAGAAGCCAAGGAAGAGCCUACCAAUCAGCUGCCCGUACUGGAAUCUCUGCCCCACGGUAUUCGCUACAAGGACCAACUAUUGCGUGUGCUUCAGAAUCGACCGCGUUCUAGAAAUAUCAUACUUCAGCUGAAAUAUAUUUUUGAGGCGCGCUACAAGGCGCUCACUCAAGUGUUUGAAUUGCUGGAUAAGGAUCGUAAGGGUAGCGUACCUGAAGAUCAGCUGCUCGUUGUGCUGCGUGAAUGUGGACUAAGUGUUGAGCCAGAAGAGCUACGGCGUUUUGCUCUGCGUCUCUCCCUGUUUGCCGACGCCAGCGUUGGUGCGUGUGAAAACCCGAAAACAAAGGGAAUUGGCAUGAAUUACAUAAAACUCCUUCGACAGCUAAAAUGCGCUCCACCUUCUAAAAAUUUGAAUAAUAUCAACAGAGUGAAUCGUGGUCCGGACAAUGACCCCUGUUCGUGGAGUAAUCGUGCCAAGAGUAAUCGAUACCUGGAGGACGAAAUUUUCAAUGCGGUGUACAAGGAGUACCUCUACUUUGUUGAGAGAUUGGAGAAAGUGAGCAAAGGCCAAUGUGUUCCGCUGAGAGACUUUCGUGAGAUUGUCGAAUCAACUGUCGGCUUUACAAUGAACGAAUGCCAGUGGGAGGAGGUGAAUCGCCAGCUUCGUAUCCGACCCAGGAACACUGUUGACAUGCAUCACUUCCUUGCACACUUCUCCAAAAUGUGUAAGGAAUCGCCUUGGGAGGUCUUGGAAACGCCUCAAAUACGACAACUCGAUGAAGAGCAGCAAGCACGCCUUGAGUAUGCUGGCGAGCCUCGUGACAUCAAUCUCGUGCUUUUUGCCCUUGAGAAACUUAUCAGCGAAAAAUUCUGUAAAAUUGACAAGGUAUGGAUCGGUUUUGGCUUGUGUCCGGUUGAAUUGGACGCGAUUUGGAGCUUACUGGAUGAACGCGAGCCGUCAACAAACGGACUUCACAACUACCGCAAGGUGAUUCGUUUCCUUCUGGAGACGGGUGGCAUUCGAUUCUACCAGUCUAUGGCGAGACGCAACAAGAGACUUCACGACCCGAAUCUGGUGAAGAUGAAGGACUUCUGGCGGUGCCAGCGGAAGUACAAGAAGGAGCACACGAAGGAGGUACUGGCUCUUGGCAAGGCCGCGAAGGAGAUCAAGUAUGUCCGGAAGCAGAAGGAGAAGCCGUCGGCCGAGAGAGUGGAGCAACUCUGCCAGAAGAUUCGACCCGUGGUCGUCGCCAACUGGACCGAUCUCAGGAACGGUUUCCUCUGGCAAGACCCCAACGGCUGGGGUUCCAUGCUCCGGAAGGACUUCAGGAAAGUGUGUGCGGCCUUCAAUUUCCCCCUGAGCCAGGAGGAGUUGUGUGAGCUGGCCCACGGUCUAGACAAGAAGAAUGACGGCUAUGUCCAGUACGUGGACUUCCUUGGCAGGUUCGCUAAAGGCUACGUUCCUCCGAAGAUUGGCUACAAAUUUGACAUUGUACAUCACAAACUGAAAAACAAGAAAGAUGGAAAGGAAAUUGGAAUUCGAGAAGUCAUGGACAAGCUUCGGCAAAUUUGCCUCUCCGAGUACAACACGCUCUUGGCUGGUUUCCGCGCUAUCGCAGGCUCCCGCCACGCCGACUGCAUCAAGGCCAAGGAUCUGGGUGCCUUUUUGAAGAAGCACGGAAUCGACCUGGCCGAGGACUGCCUCUACCACCUGUGCACGGCGUACGACAAGCACCGACGCGGUUACAUCACCUACACGGACUUCCUUCAGCAGACCAUGGACGUCACCAAACCACCCAACUAA